AUGAGCCUGAGAUUCUUUCUAUUUCUCCUCUUUUCGGUUUCCUCUGUGGAAUCGAAAACCAAUUUCCAUAUCGGUGGAGAAUUGUACUGCGCCUAUGAUAAGGAAUUUCGCUAUCAAGUGAUUCUAUUCGAAUGGGAUCCGUUUGAUGCUCAUGAUCUUCUCGAUACUACAUACGUCCAAAAGUCAUACAAACUGGGAAAAUACGUUGUUGAAGGAGAGGAUUAUGACGACGGACAAUGGCCGUUCAAUAUUCUUACCGAUGAUGGAAAUUUCGAGCUCCUUCUGAGAAUCAUCCACACCUGCAGCCCUCAUGAGGGACAUCCACACCGUACAGUGGACUGGUAUUUGGGAAGUUUUGCAAAUAUUGAUGGGAGAUUCGGAAAUUCUUCGAAUUUUAAGACUUUAAAGCUAAAAUUAAUGUCUGUUUCAAAAAAUGAAUUUCGCUUCUGA